AUGAGGAAACACGCACACCGCCGGUGAUCCGUCGGCGACUCGGACACAAUCAGUCACGCUGGAAUCUUCCUCCGCUUCACUUCAACUCACUGAUCAUACACAUAUAGUUAUUUUUCAAUAUCAUUAUCUCCCCCUGCCGCAGCAUGAGCGCUGAAUGCAGCGGAUACAACAGCGCGGACGGCGUUUUUGUGGAUGCCUUCUCUUGUCCCAAAACGGGGAGCGCAGCCGUGGCUGUGUACUGCUGUGGAUUUAAUGACGUUAAGUAUUGCUGUGAUGACCCCAACAGCUUUUUCCCGUAUGAGUACGGAUACAUGUGGUGGUUGAGUAUCGGUGCCCUGGUUGGUCUGUCAAUUGCAGCGGUCGUCCUCCUUGCCUUCCUCGUCACGGUUUGUGUCCUCUGCUACCUCUUUAUCGCUACCAAACCCAGCCGCCUUGACAACGGCCUACCCCUAAGAGCGCCAGCAGGAGAUCCCAGUGAGGGACCCAGCCAUGUGAGAGUGAUAUGUUCCUCUGGUCCGCAGGGAAUCAGAAAACUCUUCAUGAGCAGGAGGUUGGACUGUGAUAACCAGCCUCCGGACCCAGAUCGUCUUUUCCAGAGGUGUUUCACAGCCACGGUCACCGGAGUAAAAGUGGAAAGUCCUUCAUAAGCCGCUGAGCAAUUUCUUCAAUGGAAAACAGAAUUUACGGUGUGUCGAAGAAGCAACUGGAGGCACCCAGCUUCCGAUGGACAGCUGUGAGUGUAAAGAAACACGUGGUGUGCAGAGGAGUCCUGGAGGUUCACACUUACACAGGCAGCUGAAGACCACUCUUACAAAGCACGCAUUAUGAAAUGUCUUGUCUUGGUGAGUUAGUCAUAAGUCAUGCACUAAUUUUCUCUAUUUUUCACUGCCUCCUUGAGAGUGGAAAAGAGUUGUCAUUUUUUUAAGUAAGAAACUCCAUAUUGUGGCUUUAUGCAAGCCAAAAAAUCAUUAAGACCUAUGCUAUCUAGUCUAUGUUCAGGGUGUACAGUUUUAUUGACCUUCAGAGACAACGCUGAAAAAGUGGCAUACGGCAAGAACAGGAUUCUAGAUGAACCAGGACCACAUGAGAACUUGUGCUGCAAGCAUGUAAAAUCAGGACUUGGAGUGACGUGGAACGCUGCUGAUCUGUAGCUGUCUUGUAUCACAUUUUACUCAGGGACUAGAGAAUUAGUUCGGACACACUGAUCCUUUAACUAGUGAAGGUUAUGACAAAAGAUGAAUUAAUUCAUCAUGACAGUAAACUUACUUUGUCAGGGUGCUGUAUGCCAGGACAGUAGCAGGAGGGAAGAACCGCUAAGUCCUUGCAGGGGGGGAGGUUGGGGUGGAUGGAUGAGUCUAUUUACGCACACCAAGCCACUGUCCGUUUCCCUCGUAAUAACCUUGUGUUUAAUAUCAAUGGAGCUACUGUAUUUUAGACCAAGCCGAACUUCUUUCAUCACCCCUAAAAAUGCUGUGCCGAAUGCAAGGGGAGUUGAAAAAAUACUUUGCAGGAUAUACUUUACAAGAUGAAUCCUCAAACCAUCUGAACAGUGUGCCAUUUACAGUAUGGCAGAACGUUUUGUCUGUUUGUCACAUACACCGGUCAGGCAUAACAUUAUGACCAUCUUCCUCGUAUUGUGUAGGUCGCCCUUGUGACUUCAAACAAGUUGAAUAGACAUCAGAGAAUGGACAUGGGUCUUCUGAGGGUGUCCUGUGGUGUCUGGGAACACAGUGUUGUUAG